CACACACUGCAUUUGAAUUUGUAGAAAAGUAACUUCUCUCUUCACCUAUUCUUCUUUGAAGCUUUUACAAGCUUGAAGCUAUGGCGUCGACUAUUCACCGAAACGUCGUCGCUCAACGCGGAAGCGCCAAGUUAGAUCGCCAAGGCGCCAACAACAACAGCAUCGUCAGAACGAAGCCUCGCCACUCUCACCCGCCGGGAUCCGCCGCUCCCCGCCGCAGCUCGCCAUCUCACGGUGGCGACGCAGUUCCUGGAAGAGUUCGAGUGGCUGUAAGAUUGAGACCUCGAAAUGCAGAAGAAAUGAUGGCAGAUGCUGAUUUUGCAGAUUGUGUAGAAUUGCAACCAGAGCUUAAAAGAUUGAAGCUUCGACGUAACAAUUGGGAUUCCGACACUUAUGAAUUUGAUGAAGUGCUCACUGAAUUUGCGUCACAGAAGCGUGUUUAUGAAGUUGUAGCUAAGCCCGUUGUAGAGAGUGUUCUUGAUGGGUAUAAUGGAACUGUAAUGGCUUACGGUCAAACUGGCACCGGCAAAACUUUUACCCUUGGACAAUUGGGGGAGGAAGACACUUCUAGUCGGGGUAUCAUGGUUCGUGCCAUGGAGGAUAUUUUAUCGGACUUAUCCCCAGAAACUGAUUCUGUCACAGUCUCAUACCUGCAGCUUUACAUGGAGACUGUCCAGGACUUACUAAAUCCAGCCAAUGAUAAUAUUCCCAUAGUGGAGGAUCCAAGAAGUGGUGAUGUGUCUUUGCCUGGUGCAACUCACGUAGACAUAAGGGACCAGCAGACUUUUUUGGAGUUGCUUAGAUUAGGGGAAGCUCAUCGAAUUGCUGCUAACACCAGGAUGAAUACUGAAUCUUCUCGUAGUCAUGCUCUUCUGACGGUACAUGUGAGGAGGUCUGUUGUGGAAAGCGCAGAUAAUGUUUUGACUGAAAAUUAUGAUGCCUCUCACUUGACUAAACCUUCGAAACCACUUAUUCGAAAGAGCAAGCUUGUUGUCAUUGAUUUGGCAGGAUCAGAGCGUAUCCAUAAGUCAGGAAGUGAAGGGCACAUGCUUGAGGAAGCAAAAUCUAUCAAUCUUUCUCUUAGCGCAUUGGGGAAAUGUAUUAAUGCUCUAGCCGAAAACAGUGCUCAUGUACCAUUUCGUGAUUCAAAGCUUACUAGGCUGCUUAGGGAUUCUUUUGGAGGAACAGCUAGGACCUCAUUGAUUGUGACCAUUGGUCCAUCUCCACGGCAUCGAGGAGAGACAUCUAGUACAAUUUUGUUCGGCCAAAGGGCUAUGAAGGUUGAAAACAUGCUGAAAAUUAAGGAGGAGUUUGAUUAUAAAAGUUUGUCUCGGAAACUUGAGGUACAGCUAGAUAAGCUUAUUACAAAAAAUGAAAGGCAGCAGAAAGCUUUUGAAGAUGAAGUUGAAAGAAUAAAUUUGGAGGCACAAUGUCGUAUUGCUGAAGUUGAGAAGAACUUUGCUGAAGCAUUGGAGAGAGAAAGAUUGAAAUGUCAGAUGGAGUACAUGGAAUCAGUUAAGCAGCUGGAGCAGAAGUUGAUGACAAGUCAGGAAAGACAUGGUUGCAAUGGUUUUGUCAAUGGCUGUGGAGAGGGGGUUGCAACAUCUUCUGCUGAUGAAGUUGCUGAGGUCAAAAAGCUUCUUGAAAUUGAAAAAAGUAAGAGAAAGGCAAUUGAAGAAGAGCUAGAAAGUCUAAAAAUCCAACGGGGUAAAUAUGGACAAGUACAGGCAGGAGGUGAUGCUGACACGAUAAAGCUUCGCAAAAUCCUGGAGGAUGAUGCUAGUCAGAAAAAGAAACUUGAAGAAGAAAUAAUAAUAUUAAGAAGCCAAUUAUUGCAAUUAAACUUUGAAGCUGACCAGAUGAGAAGGUGCUUAGAAAGUGGAAGUUCUGGAAAUGCAUUUCCUGCCAUGGAUACUUCGUUGUCUCAAAGUAGACAUUCCCAACCCAAAGACACCAGGAAUGAUCAGAAGGCAUCUGUUGCCACCCUCUUUGAACAAGUUGGAUUGCAUAAGAUUUUAUCAUUGCUCGAGUCAGAUGACGCCAAUGUACGAGUACAUGCUGUGAAAGUGGUGGCGAACCUAGCAGCUGAAGAGGCAAAUCAAAAAAGUAUUGUUGAAGCUGGUGGUCUUACUUCCUUGUUGAUGCUGCUUAGAAGAUAUGAGGAUGAAACUGUUCGCAGGGUAGCAGCAGGAGCAAUUGCUAAUCUUGCCAUGAAUGAGGCCAAUCAAGAACUCAUAAUGUCUGAAGGAGGAAUUACUCUGUUAUCAAUGGCUGCAUCCGAUGCUGAAGAACCACAAACUCUUCGAAUGGUUGCUGGGGCCAUUGCUAACCUAUGUGGGAAUGAUAAAAUACUGAUGAAGCUGAGAUCUCAAGGAGGUAUAAAGGCUUUACUGGGAAUUGUAAGAUGUGGACAUCCUGAUGUUCUUUCGCAAAUUGCUCGAGGAAUUGCCAACUUCGCUAAAUGCGAGUCUCGAGCUUCUAAUCAAGGGAUAAAAAGUGGCAAAUCCUUUUUGAUAGAUGAUGGUGCACUUCCAUGGAUAGUACAAAAUGCUAAUAAUGAAUCCGCACCAAUUAGACGCCACAUUGAGCUUGCACUUUGCCACUUGGCACAGCAUGAAGUCAAUGCAAAAGACAUGAUCAGUGGAGGAGCCCUUUGGGAGCUUGUGAGGAUAUCAAGAGAUUGCAACCGAGAAGAUAUUAGGAGCCUUGCUCGCCGGACUCUGAGCUCUAUCCCGCAAUUCAAAUCUGAAUUGCGGCGACUACGGAUAGAAUAUUGAUCAAAGAUCUUCUGGGUACGAUAUCCUGUGCUAGUUAUUCAUUCUUCCAUAGCUCCAAUGAGAUUGAUCUAUUCAAACUACAAUGUUUUACACCUUGCAAUUUUUCCGUAGUAGAAGAAGCUAAGCAAGGGUGUAGUAAGUACUUAGUGUUAGUGGUUUCUAGUCCAAUGACCUUGAAUGUUGUAUAUGUAAAUAGAAGAGGAAAAUAGAUUAAUAGAAUUGAAAUAUAAUUUGGUCAUGAAGAGAAGGAGAGGAUAUACGUUCUGUAUUAAUUUGAUUUGUGUAAGUAAUGAAAAUCAUGAUCAUUUUUU